GUCAUAUGUAUACAUUUAUAGGUUAUAUAAAGCUAGAAAUAAAAUUUAUUAGAAGGAUUUUAAGCCAUGAGUGGCAUCAUGGUAAAGGUAAAGGAGAAAGAGCUACAUAAAGUUCUCAGGAACAAAAAUGCUACAGAACCACAGCAAACAUCUUCAACAUCCCUUUCAGUACAACUGACUCCAUUAUUUACAAGUUGGCAUAAUGAUGGGAACAUCCUGAUAUGGAUAUACUUCUCUGCAAACGCUACUGGGGCAUUACUCGGCAUUAAAGUAAACGUGAAUGGACAGUGUAAUCUCAUUUGCCAAUAAGCCAAAAUUGGAUGUUUUACCAAUAUGAGUUCAAACAUAAACUAGUAAUGGAUUAAAAAGGAACCACAAUGCUACAAAAACGUGAAUUUAAAAGGUCUCAGGUGGCGCAGAUUGUUGCUUUGAUGGAAUAUAAAAUGUUGUUAUUCAAGAAGUUCUAAAAACAUUAAUAGAUUCAAAUCAACCACACUAUUACGUACAUUUACAGAUCAAACACAGUGGAGUCCAUCGAGGUCGACUGCUUCUGUCAUGUUUCAUUCUACAGCACUAUUUCUUUUGUUGCAUGUGAAACACCAUGUUGUCAGGCUGAUAGUUCCAUUUGAUGGUUUUCACAAACAAUGAGGGUUGAGUAAAACGGGCGGAGUUACUUGUCCUGCCUGUAUAAAUAAAAAUCUUCCUGGUACAGUAAAUCAUAACUCUGCUGAAUCUAAAACAGUAUCCACCAUGAAGCUGACCAUCCUGAUCAGUGCAUCUCUUCUGCUUUGUGUUGCUGUCCUCACAGCAGCUGAAGAUGCCCAGCCGAGAGAGGCUGACUGCGAGAAGUUCGCUAAUGAUGUAUGCACACGCGAGUUCAACCCCGUAUGUGGUGAUGACGGCAACACCUACCCAACUGAAUGUGUUCUCUGUAUGGAAAACAGGCUUAAAAACCAGCCAGUUAAGGUGGUAAAAAUGGGACCGUGUGUUGCUGCUUGAACUGCUCAGAGAGAAAGAGGAGCAGAAACAUCACACUGAAUUACUUCUCCUAAGAAAAUGAAAUUAAUAAUUCUGACUUUAUUUUAUUGUAACUUUUAUUCAGAUAUUAAUUAAAAAAAUUAGCAAGUA